CACAAGCUGUCAAGCGUUGUCAUGGAAACACACCCAAGCGUGAUGCGUCAACCGUAGACAACUUCCAAUUCAGGUGAAAUCACCUGUCCUAAAGUGUGUCCUAGUCAGCAAUCACAACACUUGCAAAUUUACAUAUGAAGUAGAAUCAAAAGUGAUCAGAGGUCUGACAGUUGUUCAUAGUGUAAAAAUGGUUCGAGUCAAUUGGGAACAAAUACUAUCUGUACGAGCUUCAGCUCUAACAGAUCAAGAAAUUGAAGAUAUUUUCCCAAUGGUAGUGAGCUGUGAUGUAGAGGAUGUGGAAAGUAUCCAGAACUUGAGAGUUCUAAUGAAGUUAUCCCAAGAGGUGCUCCAAUACAAAGAUAACCAGGUUGAGUCCCUAUUGCUUGAAUGCGAUGAGCUCAAGCAGAAAAUUCUGAAUUCCAAACCCAGCUCAAACUCCAGGAAGAAAAAAAGUCUAGCCUCAGAUUUAGUUAAUGAUGAUGGAGACAGCAUAUCACUGCCUGGAAAUGAAAGUUCCACAGGCAAAAAUAAGAAAAUUGCUAUCUUGAUGAAUGAACUUGAGACAAUAGAAGCCGAAAAUAUGACUCUUAAAGACCAAUUAAGAUUGGUCAAAGAAGAAAUGGAAGAUGCUACUAUUCAUAUGAAUCAAAUAACUGAAGAACUUAAUUCUUUCAAAGAGAAAAAUCUUUUAUACAAAGGUACCACUUGGCUACUGUUAUUUUUCCUAAUUUUCAAAGGUAGAAUAUUUGUUCCUUCAAUUCACCUGUUUUCAGAGAAAUUGAAAGCACGCGAAUUAGAAAGCAAAGCCCUCAUGGGGCAAAUCAAGGCAAUGACUAAUCAACAGCUGGAUAGAGACAAAGUUAUAGAUGAAUUUAGUACAGCUAUUGAUGCACGAGUUACUGAGUGGAAGGCAAUUUUAGAUGAAAAAGAUGUCGAAAUAGCAGCACUUAAGGAAAAUCUCUCACAAUCAUUAAUGCAGUCUUUAACUUCUGUAAGAGAAGAAAAUAAAUCUCAAAUAGUACACCUAAAUCAAAUCAUUAAUCAAAGAGAUCAAACAAUAGAACGAUUGCAGAGUAAACUUUCAGAAGCUGUAGCAGAAAUGAAUGAAACUACUAUCCUCAUAGAAAAAUUAAAAGCAGAUGCCCAAAAAAUCGAAAAUAGUAAUAGAAGAAAAGAGCAAAGAAGUUUGCUGGAUAAAAUUCAACAAUCAAACGAGAAAAUAUUAAAUUUACAAAAUGAUCUGGCUCAAGCUGAAAGAGAUGCCGAAGUAAAAAGUAAAGAGCUAUGCGAUGCCCUGGUGAUGCUAAAAAAAUACGAAAAUAGUGAAUAUGGCCUGGCUGAUGCGAUCGCUGAGAUGAAAGGUUUGAAGGAUGAGUUGAGACAAAAAGAAACACACAUUGAAGACCUCGUGAAUAUUAUAAAUAAAAUGGAAAUGCUUAAUUCCCAUCAGGAAAUGGAAAUCGCUGCUUUGUGUGAAAAAUUCGACUUGCCCCCUGGUCAGGCAAUUCCGGUUGAUGAUAUAGUAGCUAAGCGCGCGAAGGAAAUGCAAAAGGUAGACGAAAUGAAACGUGAGAAUGAAUAUUUGAAAAAAAAAAAUUUAGAGCUGAAAUCAGAUGUAAGAACAUUAAAAUAUAGGAUGAAGAAUUUGUCAGAAAAAAUGAUGGUACCCCGUGAUAAAAAUGUGGAUCAAGUAGAUUUGAUGAUUUCGACCCCAAUCAAAACUUCAAAAACUGAGCACGAUUGGGAUAUCGAGAGAGAAGAAAUCGCACAACGUCAUAUGGCGGAGAUCGAGGACAUCAGAGAUAAUGUCCGCCUGGUUGUGGAGGAAAAUGAAGCCUUAAGGAAAGGGAUGCACGAAAUAUUGGACAGUGUGCAUAAUCAGGAUGGCAAGUGUGCGGUUGAAAUUCAGUCCCAAACGUUGGAGCUGCUUUUGGAAGCACUCGAUGUAAGGCAUGUGGCUGGGUGGUAUCAUCCGGCAAUGAGAUUGCAGAAUCGAUUAAGCGCGAUACAGGGUAGCAACAGUGAGCUACGUGCUCAGCUCAAGCAAAUUAGACUAGAACUGCAAAAAAAAGAUGAAGUGUUACAACGAAUCGUAUCGAACAAUUCAUACAAAGAUGACACGAAGCAGGAUUCAAUGUCCGAGAGUGGGGAAGCAAAAGCCUAUGAUACUUCUUCGCGAUUUACAGAAUUGCAGCGAGCGUAUGAUAUCGAAAAAUCUGAGUGGCAAUUAGAGAGAAAUUCUUUGUACGAGGAGAAAAACGAACUAGAGGAAUCAAUAACGAAGCUAGAAGUGCUAUUGAAAGAGUAUGAAAAGAAUUGGCAAAUUUUAGAAUCGUCUAACGACGACGAGAUCAAAACAGUAUUCGCGAAAAGGUGUAAGGAAAACGCUGAGCAUAUGGUUCAGAUUAUUGUUCUAAACCGAAAAUGUAAAAUCCUAGAAGAACUACUGAGCAAAGAGUCUACGAGAUAUUAUAACAGUCAAAAAGAAGCUGCCGCGAUGGAAAGCGAAUUGAGAAAACGAUUCGCUGAUCUCGAGAAAGCAAACAAACUAUUAGACGCCCGAAAUGCAACCCUUCAGAGCAAUCUUUCUAAUUCUGUGAGUUCGAUAGAGUACAAUGAUCUGAAUGAUAAGUACACAGAGGUUUGUAUAAGAUUAAAAUUGGCGCUGGAAGAAAGCAAAUUCCUGAUUGCAGGGAAUAAGAUAGAUAAACGCAUAUCGGUUAACGAUGAGGAUGAGAAAAGCUCAGAAGAUGAAUCCUCUAGUAAAGAGGCGGAGAUGAAUUCGGAACAACAAUCAAAAGCUUCGAGCCAUAAAGAAUUAAACGGACGUCAGGGAGCGAAUCGUACAGAAAAAUUAUACGAAAUCGCACAGGGUCAGUUAGAAAAGUCGAAGAUUGACUUUGCCGAACUUUCAAAGUCAAAAACGGAACUAGGAGAGCAGAUAAUUCAGCUACAGAAUGAACUCUCCAAAUAUGCUAGAGCCAAUGCAGGGCCUGGAGAAUUUCGGACAGACGAAAAGACGGUAGAGGAAUUGAGUGAAAAAAUAAAAAACUUGAUAAUUGAUAAUGAGAAUUUAGCGAGAAAAGCGGAAAUUGCAACUGAGGAAGCUCAGAUGCAUGCAACCCACAAUUUUCUGAAAACUUUUGAGAUGGAUAGUCUGAGACACCAAUUGUUGGAUCUCCAGUCAGUCAGCGAAGAUAAAGAAAUGAUCGCCAGGCUCGGUUUUGAGUUGACGAAUUGUAAAAAACUCGAAGCUGAGACGAGUAAAAAAAAUAAUAUUCUACAAAGCGAAAUAUUGCACCUUCGUAAUGAGAACGAUGAACUCAAACGAUAUAAUGAGGAUUCACAGGGUAUUGUGAGGGAUUGUCAAAGGCGGUGCGAUACCCGUUGCGGCAAUUAUCUGGAACUUAUUCACUUUUUGCAACGCCAAUACGCCGCUUCAACGUCGUUGAUGGCAUUAGAGAGAUUCGAAUCGAUGUUAAUGAAACUAAAAAGCGAUCAAAGUGCUAUAGAAAAGACGAUGGACGAGGUUUCAAAAAUUGAGGAAAACGCUAAAGCCCAACAAGAUCUACUUACGGGUCGCUUACAGAUCGUCGAACAGCUGAAACACAUAUUGGAGCAGCAAAUUGGCAGCCCAGAUGUCCAGGACAUAAUUCACCGCUUUUCGGAAGCCUCACAGUCUGUGCUCGGGGAAUCACGACUGAAACGACAGAUAAACCAGCUAGAAAACGAAUUACAAAUGUCAAAGCAGAGAAUAGUUUCUCAAGAAGCGAUCAUCAACGCUAUGGAAUCGGAAAUGAUUUUUGUUCAAAAAAUUUGGGGAAAAUCUGUUAAGUCAGAUGAGGAAUCUGUCCGAACGAACUCAAACGUAGCCGUAAUCAACGUAGAAACGGUAUCCGUCGCGGUACAAGUACGUACAGAAAAUCGUUCGGUUGAAACGCAAAUUGAAAUUGAUAGCAAUCUAUCGUCUCACGAAAACGAUCCUAUGCCCAGUGCUGGGAGUGAUAAGCAAAAUGUCGACAAUGAUCAAGUGCAGGAUGGCUGUGAUCAUCAAAUUACUUUAAACGAUAGACUGAAUCAAGCGCUUCGUCUUGCAUCCGAGCGAUCUUUUGCUCUAACAAAAUGCGAGUCACAGAACGCGGAGUUCCAAGCCAAAAUAAUUUCUUUGAAUAAACUGAUCGAUGAGAAAAAUAGUCAACUGUUCAAGAAACAGAGUAACCCGGAUCGAGUCACGUUCGAAUCGAAUUCUGUCGACACUGAAACUUCCGAUAAAAUUGUUCUGAAAUCCACGAUCAAUAGUUUGCAAAAAAUUGUCAAUCAAAAGGAAGAAACUAUUCUACGGUAUCAAAAUCUUUUGAAAGAAGAUAGAGAUGAGCACAGCAAAUCAGCUGCUCGGUUACAGGAGGAAAUUAAAACUCUUCAGACACGUAUGGCCGGUAUGCAGCAACAGGUGAAUCAGAAGAUAAACGACUACAUCCAUCCUCCCAAUUCUGUUCCUGUAAAAGAAAAAGCGUUUAACGUUCAGAACAAGAAUGUAGAUCUUGAAGAGCGGGCGGAAAAAUUAAACGAAAGGGUUUCCACGUUAGAAGCUGACUUGAAUACUGCCAAAGAGUUGAGUGAGCGUUGGCACCGGCUUGCCGAGGAGAGAUUGAAACACAUGGACCACAUGAGGGGGAGAUUGGAGGAACAGCACAAAAUUGAGCUAGAGAGCUACAGAUUGGAACGUGACAAAUGGCAGCAUGAAGCCGAUACCCUGAGGCAAGAAUUGUCCGAUAAAAGAAUGCAGCUCGCUAAAGGAAAUGGAAUGUUGGCUAAGGAGUUGCAGGAAAAGGAAAAUCGAAUCCACGAACUCGACAUCGCUUAUCAACAACUACAGGACGAAAUGGAAAUGGCUGAGAAAAAUACAGUUACUCAGCAAAUUGUCGCUCAUGAUUCUAAGAUGCAGGAAAUUACGAAUAGCAUCGGGAGAGUUCAGUCGAAUCAGUUGCAGGCGCAGCUUGAUCUUGCUCGGAGGCAACAACAGGCGUUAGUAGAAAAAGAGAGAAAUUACAAAAGCCAAAUUGUCGAUCUAAAGCAGCAGCUCAGUCGCAGAUACAUGGCGGCCAAAACGCACGAACAAAAAACUUCCCAGAGGGAAAUGCAACUGGAACGAAAGACGAGAUCAUUGGAGGAAGAAUUACACAAUGUAAAACUUCAAUUGGAAAAGGAAAAAUUCACUCACGAAAAUAAAAAACUCAAAACGGCCGAAGAAUUAGCUUUGUGGGAUAAACAGAAACGGUGGCAACAAACGGCGGAUAAAUUUAAAGAAAAACUUAAGGAAAAAACGGAGGAGUUCGACAAACUGCAAGCGAACUACGAAAGGCUUAGAACGCUUGUGUCUUGUAUGGAACGUGAAAAAUGGUACCUCAGAAGUAAGUUGAGAUGUGAAAAUGGUUGCAUCGUCGGGAGCUUGUCCGCACGACCUGGAAAUUUGAGUCACCCUGACGUCUUGGAAGAUCUUCAACAUGAAUGCCACACUCUUAGAAACAGAGUUAGAGAACUUGAGGAUCGACUCGAAAACGCAGAUACCUCAGAGCUGAUGAUUAAGCUCGAAGCACAACGCCGACAUAUUUCUGCACUGGAGAACGUUACGAAGGGUAACGAAUACGUUGUCGACCAGCUGGAGAGAUUAGAAGCGACUAAAGAUGUUCUCGAAAAGAACAAUCUGAAAUUGGAAAGCGAGAACUUGGAACUUCGUCUGGAGAUCGAGAAAUUUAUUUUGGACACUCCGAGGCUCAGGGAGAAGGUCGAGCAUUUGGAGAAAUACAUCGAGCUACUGAAAUCGGAAAAAACGUCUGAAUCGUCGCCACGUUCUUCCGAAUGCAAGGAAUUCCAAGAUCCAGAAAAAAAGAGUGUUGCCGAGCUAGAGAAAACUGUGUUCACGUUAAAACGUGUGAUAGAAAAGUUGCAGGCUGAAAACAAACGAUUUAAAAUGGGCGCGAAGAAGAACCCCAAUUUCCCAAAAAUGUCGAGGCCUGACAGUGCUGGUAGUAGCACUUCUCAUCUGCAAAGUCAAUACGAAAGGGCUCAGCAGCGAAUCGUGGCUCUCGAAACUGACCUGCAAUUAUCGGAGCAAAGAAUAGCGAUGUUGGAAAAUUCACGGAAGGAAGAGGACAACGCCGGAGAGAUCGGUAUUCUCAGACAUCAGUUGGCUCACAAAUCGGAAUUGCUCGACAAAGUAAAACAACUGUUGACCAGAGCAGCUAUAAAUGAAAAGUCCUUGCGGCAAAGGGUACAAAUGCUCGAGGCCAAGCAAUCGUUGGAAACCAUACCGGAAUGCUUCGUAUCGCCACCAACUCCCGAUAAUUAAUAGUCUUUUAAUCUUGUGGGUGAAAGUUAAUGAUAAUUGACCGUGCAGCUCGGUUAUUCAUAAAGCUUGUACGCCGGUAGAAUAUUCUGAACGUCAUCGCCGAGGUAUCCGUUAGACUGGAAUUUCCAAAAACCGAAUUGAGGAAGAGACUGCAUAACUACGUAGCUAAUUAUACGUAUAUCAUAGUCCCUGUGUAACGAACAAAUCAAAUUAUUUUCUGUAACGUUCACAAAAUUUUCAAUAAAUGAAUUUUUUCUUCACCAAAACGUUUAACGAAUCGUAGUGUGUCGAAAAGUGCAUUUUUCAGGUCGCUGGAACCUUUGACGACACCAUCGUUAUCGAAUAAGGCAUGAGCGGAGUUGAAGGCGGUAGCGCUUGUUACGAAACCCGCAUUGAAGGUCGCGACCCUGUAGAGUCGGGUCAAGAUAGCGCUUUGUGUGUUAAUACAAGUUACAGUGAUAACGCCG